AUGAAUACACCUUUCCAUCAUGACCUACAACAGCCAGAUGUUUUCUCCUGGAGCAUGCAAACUCCGCCCUCCAGACCCCUACUCGCAUCCAGAGACUCAAAGAGAGUUUGUUUUUACAAGAGUGGAGACCCGCAGUUUUCUGGACACUGGGUUGUCAUCAACAGUCGUACGUUCAAGACGUUUGAUGCCCUGCUGGAUGCCCUUUCAAACAAAGUGCCUCUACCGUUUGGGGUACGCACCAUCACAACGCCCAAAGGUACACACUCCAUCCAGAGCUUAGACGAUCUGCGGCAUGGGGCCUCUUAUGUCUGCUCAGAUCAAAGAAAGGUCAAACCCCUGAACCUAGAUGAGAUCAACCGGAGACAUGUCCCCUGGAACAGCACCAGACCUACCAGCACAGGACGACAGGGGCGCAGAGGACUGAUCCGGCAGCUAGUCAAGAAGAAUGAAGUGGGCAGGAUGGCAAAAAUGGCUGAAAGCUCAGUGACAGUCAGGACACCAAAACGGCUUGUGGUUUUUAAAAACAGAGAUCCCAUCACAAAGCGCAUAGUUGUUUUGCAGAGGAGGACAGCUCCGACUUUUGAGGCUCUCUUGGAAUACCUUUCCCAAGUCAUGCAGUUUCCUGUGGUUAAGCUUUACAUGACUGAUGGCAGACGAGUUGAAGGUCUGCCGGCCCUGAUCCUGUGCUCUGGCAUCAUCAUAGCAGCUGGUAAUGAACCCUUUCAGCCGGCUAACUUCAAUCUCCAAGCAUCUACAUCACGCUCUCAGCCCUCUCACUCGGCCGUAUCUGAAUCCAUGGGACCAACAAAGACACAGCCAUCGCCAAAAAUUCAAGAAAAAACUAUUAGCAGCAGACCAAGAUCAAGAAAUUUCUCAUUAUCAUCAGAAAGAUAUUUCGUAAAUCAGAUCAAUAUGUCACUAAAUGGAAGUCACUCCGAUGAGACUGACAUGAAAAUAGGAUCGAUGGUGAGUGUGAACAACCAAGCACUAGAAUCAGAAGAGAUGGAGAAAUGCGACUUCGCGUCAGGAAUAGAUGAAAGGGAUCGCUUAAUUAUUCCUUCAGACGAUGAGAUUGAGAAAUCCUUUCGCGUGAAUCAGGACGGCAGCAUGACCGUAGAGAUGAAAGUCCGUCUUACUAUAAAGCAAGAGGAGAUGAUUUACUGGACCACCACAGUGAGUCGAGCCUGUGUUAAUAGCCAGGAAAUGGCAGCUUCUUCACAACCAGUCUCAAGCUACAACUCCCCCGAUAAUAAAGACAAUAACAACAAUAGAACAAGACACUCAAAUAUAAACAGCUAUGGAUCCAAAAAUGAGAAUACACAAAGUUGUAAUCCAAUCAAAUUAAAUAAUGAAGGAGACAAUCACUGUGGAAGUGCCACCUCUGAGGCCUUGGAAAACCCCAAACCAUGUUUCAGGCGGCCAUCUACUCCAGGACCUAGACGUGUCAGAAGGAAAGAAACCUCUGCGGAGAAUAUAAAGAGGCGAUCACAAACUGAGGUUCAGGAAAGCAGAGUUGGUACAUACUCAUAUUUGGAGCACACCGCUGAAGGUGAACUACUUGAAGGGUACUGUGUUGUGAGUCAUAGCAGCUCUAGCAGUACAAGACCUGUACCAAAACCCAGGAAGAAAAAUUUGGGAGAAGGCAAACACAAUAAGACUUACUCAACUAUCUCAGGGAUGUCCGAGGUUCUUCAGCUGCACAACAAAGGAAAAGAGAUUACAGAAACUGUAAUGCAUAUUCAUCAUUCACAAGAUAGAUGUGGAAACUAUUUAGCAAAAUCCUGGGCUGAUGAGGAUGACGGGUUUGAAUUUAUGUCUCAAGAACACAGAAAGCCAGACUCAACUGAAUCAGGGCCUCAGUCUUCAAGUAAUGACUUUGAUACUGAUCUUACCAAACUGUCUGGUUCUGGGAAUUCUAGGAACAAUGAACUUUUAACUUUACUGUCUGGUCAAUCAGACCAUUCACAAACAAUAAGCACCUUCACCGACUAUGAAAAUCAAGCCAGGUGUGAAUCCUCAGACAAAGGAGUGGAGAUAUCCGCUAAAGAGAGAAAUAAAAGACUUUUAAGUAAGAAAACAAAAACGGCCCAAAAAUCUGAAAGGUCAAACAAACCUGUGUUUUUGAAAAGCACUGCAAGUGACAAAAAGCAGAAAGGUAGUGUUACAGACUUUUUGAAAGACCUAAAGAACAGUGGUUCUCCAGAAUCUGUUACAGAAAGUGACAGAUAUGGGCAGAAGGUUAAAAAAAGAACGAAAGUUCAGUUACCUGAGAGGAUAAACACAAAAAGUCAUAAUACCAUGUUGAUGGACACAUCUCAAAAUAUAAACUUUGGUCGUAAUGACAUGCUAAGGCCUAACAUGAAGGAAAAAUUAGACCUUUUCCCACCAUCUCAUUCAGCACCUUUUAAGAUUCUGACAAAGCAAAUGUCUGUAAAUGGCAGCAUAACAAAAUCUCCUAAAGGGAGCAAGGAGUUGAGUGAAAGUGUUUCAAUGCCAGUGCUCCAUUCAUCUCCCUGCAACGUGCACCAGUAUGUGGAAAACUGGCUAGAAAAAAACCACCCUGAAUCAGUGCCCUAUAUGGAUGAGUUAAACCCACAAGAAUCUAGAGCUAGGUUCCAGAUUGAAAGUGAUUUCUCAGAUGUUUCAGAGAUGAGAAGUGAAUUAGACAAAGACAAUCUGGUGGAGAAUUGUUCCUCUGUUGAAGUUUCUACUGUGCAGAAGCCAGUGUCUCGACAACCGCUGCAAAUUAGGUGUGAGGGAGAACCUGUGGAGGCACAGAACCUGGGAAGAUUCUGUAAAUCAAUGCCAAGUGUGAGAAUACACACUGCUGAACAGGAGAUUGGCAGAAGAAAGAAUAAAUCUUCAGAGGAUUUCCCAAAAUUGCAAUUGCCAGAUGCUGGCAGUGAAACAUCACCAAACACACAGUUGAGCCCUAGGUCAGGAAUGAAACACGUUUUGGAGCAGUUAUGUUCAUCUAUCAAAUAUAUCAGAAGAGCCUGUAGUCAUUCUUAUCUAUCAACUUUGAAGACGAAGAAGAAAUCCAGUAGCCUUCCUGACUUCUCAUCACAGUUAGCCUCUGUUUUUGGCUCUCCAUCUAAGACUCUUCUCUCCUUCCUGACAGUGAUGACACUGAGAGAUGGAAUCGCCAACUCUGCCAAUGAAAACUCAGAUUCUGCCAAUUCUAAUAACUCAGGCAGUGAUCCAGAAGCUCUGCAGGUCAUGCAAUCCAUCCAAAAGUUGGCCAGCAUAGAGGACGAAGAAGAGCUUAAGGCCAGUCUGGCAAGUCUCCACAGCUCAACUUCUGCUCAGUUAAAGAAGAGUUUGAAAGAUUUCCAAGAAAAAAAUGAUAUCAAAGAAAGUCCCCCGAUGUCACCAAGACAGUCAGAGCAAGAGUUUGCUCUUGAGGUCAACUCAGAAGAGGAAGAUCAAGAUAAAGGGCACAUUUUUGGUAUCAGAGAGGUAAUGGACGAGCUUAACAUGUGUGAGGAUCUCCGCAAAGAGAUUUCUUCACUUGUUAGGAGUGACUUGACAAAUUUCAAUGAAGCAGAUCCCAGUAUGGAGCAUUCUGGUCAUGAAAACCAAACCACCAGUAUUGCUUGUGAGAAUGAGAAUGCUAUAUUAAAAGAUGGUUUUAAGGGGUUCUUAGAGGAAGAAAGAAAAUAUUCUGAGGAAAGUGUAAGUGAAUAUGAUGAUAUUACAAACACUAAGCCUGCAGAGUUAUCCAAAGAAUCUGAAGAACUGCACUUGCUCGAAUCUAAUUCCCUAGCUAUGGAGGAAUCAGAAAGAGGGGAAAAUGUCCAAAUUGAGGAUAUGACUAACCAAGAAGGACUAAUUGUGCAAAUCAAUGAAAUUAUGGAUGAUGUUAAGACAAAGCAGGAAGGGCAUGUUGAUAAUGAGCCAAGCAAAGAUGAUCUGUGUGAGGUCAAACACGACAUGAUGGACAAUAUCCAAAUGAUUGGGGAAAAGUACACAGAGGAUGAGAUAAGCCUAGCUGAUGAGACCCCAAAUUAUAGUCCAAGUAAUCUGGAAGAUCAAGUGAAAUGGCAAGAACAUGUAGGCUGUAUGCAAUCCGAAUCUGAACUGCUUUCUCCCACUUCGGAAAUGGCAAAUUCUGAGGUGAUUGACGAAAUCUUCAGUAAAAGGGGAGAUUGUACAGAUAGUUUAGAAGAAUGUAGCAUGCAUUUAAAGGAAGAAGACACCUAUUGUGAAUCUAGGGAAUAUGCUGAACGUGAAAAUAUAACAUCCGUGGCUUCAGAAACAGAGACUGCAGAAGAACACCACGCAAACAUUAGUCCCAUCCAAACAGAAGAGAAGAAUACAAUACACAACGCUGCUAGAUUAGGAGCGUCCAGCUUUAGUGUAGAUGAAGCUUGCUCACACAAUACUGAUGAUUAUUGCCCAAAGGAAGUUGAGAUCAACAGUGACCAUGAAGAAACAAUGUGUAGCACAUUAGAAUGUGAAAAUCCACCUGCCAAGCCACACCAUUCUUCUGUGUCCGAUCAAGAGGAUAAAAACUCCCACACUUGGCAAGAAACUGAAACUGAGCCUGAGCUCCAGAAAUCAGAAGAGGAGCAGACUCAUAAUGCUAAUGAAAAUGAUGAAGAAGCAGAUGAGAAUGAAGAUUUUGAUCCAGAACCAAUCUCUCCUCUAUAUGUGCAUCAAGAAAGUGAAUAUUCAGACCACUACUAUUCAGUGUCUUCUAAAGGUCGAGAAGCAUUAGCUGAACCUCACCUCCAGUCGAUGGAUGAAGAAAGCGUCAGUAAGAAUCUGACUCCUACUGCUGAGGAAAAAGCGGAUGAAACAGAUGAACUUGAUGACAAGCAGAGCAGUGUAGUAGAUACUGACAAAGUCUUGGAUACUCAGAAUGAAGGCUUUCUGGCAGGGAAAUCAUGCAAAAUCGAGGACAAAAACAAAGCCCAGUCUGAUUCUGCAGGCUUAGAAGAAGCAGAUAUGGAUCAUGAAUGUCACUGUGUGCAUCCUACAGUAUUUCCUCAGCAGCUGCUGGAUUUUGUCAAUUUAGCACUGAAGUCGUCUGCUCUGAUUUUCACAUAUGAUUCAAAUGGCUUUCUACGUAUCGAACCAGACAGAUGCAAAAACAGAGUGAUGUCUUUAACUAAAAGCAAUAUAGACAAUCAAUAUGCUAGGACAUGCCUUCCUAGCCCCAAUACAUCUGACCUCUCCGAUUACAGGCCUGAUACAUCAGACAGUGGAGGAGACCUGUCACGGGUUUCUACAGAUCUUUUUACAGAAAGUGGAGAGGACGAGGCAGAGAGGUUGCUCAUUUACCAAGGUAACAUAAAGCAAAGCUCUGAGAACAUGGACAGAAAAGCUAAAUCCCUGGAUAAUGGUUCAAAGAAAGCUUAUCCAGACACAAAACUAAUAGCUAGCCCUAAUUUAAAGAGCAUUAACAGUCUUAGCUCUUUUCCUGACUCCAUGGUUAACAGUAUUUUGCAGGAGCCAGUCUACUGCAACUCUUCAGACUCUACUGGGAAUUCUGAGCUUGCACAAUGUCUAGCCUUUCAUACAAAGACUGGCUCCGAGGAAGGGAUCCUGAUAGAUAAGGGCAGGUGGCUUCUUAAAGAAAAUCACCUCAUUCGUAAAUCUCCUCCUGUUCCUAUGGGAAUGUAUGAAAAUGUAGACACGACUUCGGUUGACACAGGUCACACCAGUGAGGACGCUCCCUACAUACCUUGUGGGAUACAACCGUCCCAACUAGCUGUCAUAUCCUCUUCCGAACUGGAAGACAUGACCAAGCCAUCAACACCCAAGUGUACAUACUUCAACAUGUCCCACAGUAGCGACUCGGACCCUUUCCUGGAUAACCAGAGCGUUACCAGUAACAGAGGAAGAGGUUUCACUCGAAAAAGCAAGGAAGUAUCACCAAUGGGAGAAACAGCGAGAAUGUGUGCACAGAAAAAUGGAAGCCUGCCCUCUUUUUCAUCCGUUGAGUUUAAACUGGCGUCUGGGAAAGUCCAUCCAGCGGACAGCAUGUCAUCCAGUGUAGUGGAGAAAUUGGCCAAAUCCCAGAGCUUAAGGUGCAACACACCACAUGAAGAAGAGUCAGUAGAGGGUCUGAGUCUUAGAUGUGGACAGCAUUGUCCAAUACUGUAA